UGCGCCAGUGAUAACAUCAUCUUACUACGGCGUGCAUAGUUGAUAAAUCUAUAUAUCUAUUUGGUUCGUAAUUCAAUUGUUAGUACCAUUCUAGUAUAUUAUUAAUGUGUCAGAUGUAUUGUUUUAUACGAUUUAUUUUGUAAAUAAAUAUUUUUGUAUUUUUAAUACAUACGAUAUCGUGUAAAUUCGGUCUACCAUCGGUACGAAGUGUUUAUGCUGUUAUUAAAUUUCUGUAACUUGUAAAAUUAUUGUCUCGCGUUAAAAAAUAAUGAACGAACCAGUUAUCGUUGUGCAUGGUGGAGCUGGAGAUAUACCUGACAGUCGAGACCAACCAAAGUUUAAUGGUAUACUAGCUGCAAUCAGAAAGGCUCAUACCGUCUAUAAAAAUACGUCAUCCAUAACGGAUGCUUGUCAGGCUGCUGUCGAGUGUAUGGAAGACGAUGAAGCUUUCAACGCGGGUCGUGGAUCGGUGUUGAAUCUCAAGGGUGAAAUCGAAAUGGAAGCACUUAUUAUGGAAGGCAAAGAUAUGAAAGCUGGUAGUGUAACUGGUGUCAAGAAUAUUGCACAUCCAAUUGCAUUAGCCAGAAAAGUAAUGGAAAAUACACCUCAUGUGUUCCUAAUGGGUUCAAGUGCUAAUGAGUUUGCUUCAAAAAUGGGAUUUGAAACUGUUAGUGAUGAUUAUUUGAUGACCAUACAUGCAAAAACAGCUUUAAAUAAUUUUUUGAAAUCAGGAGGUCAACCUGUCACAACUGAAAUUGGACAAGGAGUUGGGACUGUUGGUGCAAUUGGUAUGGACACAAAUGGACAUAUGGUAUCUUGUACGUCCACAGGAGGAAUAACUGGUAAAAUGGCUGGUAGAGUUGGUGAUACACCUGUUCCCGGUGCUGGUGGCUACUGUGAUAAUAAUAUUGGUACUAUUUCAACUACUGGUCAUGGUGACAGUAUAAUGAGAUACUGUUUGGCUCAAAAAAUAAUGAAUCGUAUGGAAAAUGGUGAAGUUCCAGAAAUUGCAGCCCAAAAAGGUUGUGAUUCUAUGUCAGCUCGUGUAGGUGGCAGUGCUGGAGCUAUUGUUAUCUCAAAAAAAGGAGAGGUUGGCAUUGGUUUUUCUUCUUCAAAAAUGGCUUGGGCUUUUCUAAAAGAUGGAAUUAUUCACUAUGGAAUAAAAAAAGGUCAAUAUUUGACUGUUGCUUUGUAACAAAAUAUUAAAAAUGAAUGCAAUUACAGUACAAAAAUUACACUUACUAUACUUAUUUUAAAUGUAUAUAUAUAUAUAUAUAUAUAUUGUUUUUACAUGAAUUAAAUGGUUGAUUUAUGAAACAA